AGCGCCCUCAUUUAUGACAGUAGACGGAGUAGCGUUGUAUUUGCGUUGUUUAUACUUUCGUUACCCGGCGUAGAUCGUGAAGUAUGGCAGGUAGUAGAAGUCGUAGUAGGAGCAGAGGCAGGAGGGAUUCUACAAAGAAGGAUCGAGCUAGAGACAAGAAGCGGAGAAGUGUCAGUGCAUCCUCAAGCAGUAGCAGCUCUGGCAGCAGUAGCCGAUCAAGUUCAUCUGGCUCUUCUGGAAGCUCUGGCAGUUCAAGGAGCUCCAAUUCUAGUUCUCGGUCCAGAAGCUCAUCCAGUUCAUCCCGAUCAAGUAGCAGUGGAAGCUCAAGCAGCUCCCGUAGUCGUAGUAAAGAUGCUAGCAAAAAAAAGACUUCAAAGUCAAGGUCAAAGUCACCGAAGAAGCGCAAGAGAACCCCAUCUCCAAAACCGACACGGAUCCACAUUGGACGGCUCACAAGGAAUGUCAAUAGAGACCACCUAAUUGAAAUAUUCUCCAUGUAUGGAACAGUAAAAAGUGUUGAAUUCCCCCCAGAUAGGCUGCAUGGAUCGUUUGGUAAGGGAUUUGCGUAUGUAGACUUUGAGAAUGGUGUGGACGCAGACAAAGCUAUGAAGCAUAUGGACGGAGGUCAAAUUGACGGACAAGAGGUUACUGCUGCAUUUGUACUUCAACCUAGAGCAAGACCCCCAAUGCAGAGGAGGAGUCCACCAAGGAGGUUCCCUGCCAGAAGGAGGUGGUCCCCACCAAGAAGAAGAAGGUCACCGCCAAAACGUCGGUCACCUCGCAGACGAUCAAGAUCACGUUCACGUUCUCCAGUAAACAGAAGACGACGAUACAGCAGAUCAAGCUCAAGCUCCUCGCGCUGAAAAAAAUUGCAAUCAGAGCUCUCUUGCUAUCACAUUUUUAUCUCUCAGACUUCAGCAAUGUCCAGGCUAUCAAAUUUUAUUUGACAAAAAAAACGUGUCAUGCCUAAAUAUGGUCAUGAUGACAUCACACCAUGAUCAUAUAUAGGCACACCAUGAUUUUAUUGGCAUACAAGAUUUUUGUCAAAUAAAAUUUGAUUGGACAAAGCUAUAGCAGGCCAUGUUUAAGCAAACUUGGAGGUCUGCUUGUUCAAAAUAUAUCAAGCAUUUUUCAAUUCUCUUGAUUUUAUCAGAUGUCUGACUAAUCUUCCUUUGGAAGUGUAUGUUCAGCAUUGUUAAGUUAAUAAUACUUUUUAAUACUGUUAUUGUAAACAUUUUUUUUUAAAUUGAGGUGAGAUCAAAGACAUUUUUGUUUGCAAAAACUAUAUCCAUGUGUCUGUAAUACAGUAUGGUACAAUAUUUGGUGAAUAGCACUACCCUGGGGUCAUACAUAAAUUUAAAUUAUUUGGUUAACUUCAGCUGUACAAUUUCAUGAUCCUUCAAUGUCAGGAUUUGUAAUGUGCUAGAAAUAGUGCGAUUUUUGAAAAGUAGUGAAAACAACUGCCUGAAGCUCAGUCUAGAUUAUAUAUUUAAAAAGAAGUGGUGUAUGCCCAUAUAUACUCAUGACCAUAUUGAGGCAUGUCAUGUUUUUGUCAAAUAAAAAUAAGAUUGUAUAGACAGGGCUUAAUGUAGAAUCUGACAAGGGAGGCAGUUAGUUGCCUCAGAUCUGCAUUCAAAUUGAGAUUCAGGUAACAGUUUGGGAAAAUUACUUUUAAAAUUUUAGUAAUCAAUGUGCAGUAUCUUUAAAUAUUGAUGCAGUAUUUAUAACGUUCCAAUUUUUAUAAGUAAGUGGUUGAAGAUUGAGUGAGUGGUGUCCAAUAUAUUACUUCAUUUUUUCUGGUUUCUAUAUCAGAAUCAAAUGUGUAUAAUUCCUUCUUUGUCAUGACAUAUUUGUUGAGAUAAAUAAAUGUAAACAUUUUGAACUA